AUGGCUGGUCCAGACGCUUCGGAUGAGCUCCCGGAGUUCGGCGAAGGCCACUACUGGGAGACACACUACGAGAAGGCAGCCGAAGAAGGCGAAAAUCUCUACGACUGGCUGGUUGGAUGGACCGAGCUCCGGUGGCUGCUGGAGCCCCUGAUGGGCUUCGACACCCGCCGGGCCGUGCUGCAUCUCGGCUCUGGGAACUCGCCCCUCCCGGAGGACAUGUACGACGCAGGAUACCACCACCAGACAGCUGUGGAUAUCUCCGAAGUGGUGACGAAGCAAAUGUCCGAGCGCAACCAAGCCAGUCGACCUGAGAUUCAAUGGCGCGCGGCCGACUGCCGCAACAUGGCCGAGAUCUGCAGCGAAUCCUUCCCGUUAGUGGUGGACAAGAGUACCCUGGAUGCCUUCUUCUGCAACGAUCAGCAUGCGCUGGCCAUUGCCGAGUUCAUCAAGGAGGCUUUCCGUGUCACGUCGGUGGGUGGCGCGUUCAUCUCCGUCAGCAUGCACCGCCCGCCUGCGGUGCUCCCAUGGCUUCAGCACCACGCAUUUCGCUGGACGGUGCAGGCUGUGCCGAUUGACAAGCCAAGGCCCGAAAGCUCUGGGCGGCCCGGGAGGUGCCAUUGCCAUGCUUACAUCUGUGGAAACAAGCGCCGCACCGCCGCUUCUUUGGAGAAGCACUGGCUGCGCCUGGCGCAUCGCGUCCGGGAGCACCCGGACUCCGACCUCAGCGGGAGUGACUUCGACGCGAGCUCGGAUUCGGAUUCGCAGGAUGGGGAGGCGGAGCUAUGA